UUUCUACAAUGCAGAUGUUAGUAUAUUUUUUAUUUAUUACCGUAGCGUGGGCAUCGCCUCGGUUAGACCCACUAGUGGACAGCAAGCGUGGUCUGAUCCGCGGUCUGCAGGCGACGGAUGGAGACUACGCCAUGUUCCUCGGUAUACCAUACGCUAUGGUCAAUUAUACAAAUCCAUUUGGGCCAGCACUACCGUAUCCUUAUUUCGAAGAGCCAUUCGAAGCAUACGACGACAACGCCAUCUGUCUCCAAACUGCACAAAUCACAAACGAAAUUACUGGCUCACUGGAUUGCCUUCACCUAAACAUAUACGUCCCUAACUCAGCCAGCAAAAACAAUAAGCUUCCAGUCUUACUAUGGAUAUAUGGAGGUAGUUUUCAAUACGGGAAUGCGGGUAGAUAUCAAUAUGGCCCUAAAUUUUUAGUAGAAAAAGAUGUUAUUUUUAUAACUGCUAAUUAUAGAGUUGGGUUAUACGGAUUCAUGUGUUUAAACACGCCUGAAGUACAAGGAAAUCAGGGCUUGAAGGACCAAGUGAAAGCAUUACAAUGGAUUAGAGAAAACAUUGAAGAUUUCGGCGGAGAUGCGAGUAAAGUGACAUUAUUCGGUUCCAGUGCUGGCGCUGUAUCUGUUGAUUAUCAUAUUCUAUCUAAGGAUAAAUUAUUCGAUAAAGCUAUCUUGCAAAGUGGUACAACAUUACGUACCGCAGCUAUUAUGGAACCGGAUAACAGCGUACCAAUAUUAAUAGCAGCAAAAUUGGGUUUCGCCACUAACGAUGUUAACAAAGCUGUCGAAUUUCUGAUCAAAAACGAACCAAAACUAGUCAUCGCUGCUGCAUUCGAACUAUCAAUAAUUUGUAAACCUUGUGUGGAAAAAGAUUUUGAAGGCAAUACAUUUAUCGCGGACUAUCCAAUAAAUACUCCUAUACCAAAAGAUAAAGAUAUUCCAAUACUGAUAGGACAUAAUAGUCAAGAACAACUUAGCACAUACGGGAAAUUAUCACCUAGUGAAUAUGACGAGGGUAUAUUUGAAAAAUUAGUGUCACAAGCUUUUAAUAUCGAUAAAGAUUUAGUAAGAAUAGUCAAGCAAUUUUACAUCGGUGAUGAAGCAGUCUCCAUAGACGUUAAAUCUGCGUUAACAGAUUUCGAUUCUGACUUUGCUUUGAACCAUCCUAUACGUAGAAGUAUGUCAAAGUUUUUGGACAAUAACAGCAACGUUUACUUCUAUGUGUUUUCGUAUUCCGGUGGUAGGAAUUACGGUAAAUGGAGGCAUAAUGUGACGGGGGAAGGUGCUGCACAUUCUGACGAGAAGGGCUAUUUAUUUGACAUGUCAAUGAUGACUGACAUCCCUACACCAGAAGACCAACUCGUUAUUGACAGAAUGACAACAAUGUGGACCAAUUUUGUUAAAUACGGAGAUCCAACUCCAGACCUAACAGAACUGCUUCCAGUGAAAUGGACGCCUUUAACUGAAGACAUCCAACAUUACCUGGAUAUCAAUUCUGAUAUUACUAUGAAGAGAAGUCCAUUUAACAAAAGAAUGGCGUUCUGGGAUCUCUUUUAUAAAAUGAACGAGAAAUUUCUAAUAGGCUUUAGUGGAAGAGAAUAAAGUGCAUUUUCCGACUUAUUCUUGAUUUUUUACCUACUAGCUAGCUG